CAACAGGAUGGCGGGGUCAACGAUACAGACAUCUGUCACCUCCACAAAUGCCUCAUGGGCACCGAUUUCUUGCACGAUAUUUCCUGACAGUCCUUCUCAUUGUGAUAUUGUCAUAAAUGUCAGAAGAGCUGUUGCCUCCAUUUCUUUAGUAGGGUGUGUUUUCAUGAUAGGCAUUAUAUGGCUGUACAGGAAGUAUAUGAUAUUCUCACAGAGGUUAAUCCUUUAUUUAAGCAUCUCAGCUUUCCUUAACUGCACAGCCUAUUUGAUGGGAGAUCUUCAUCCUGACGGCCCACUCUGUGACUUCCAAGCUUUCUGGCUCACAUAUUUUGACUGGACCGUACUGCUAUGGGUGAGCUGUGUGACCUUUAACCUCUACAUGAACGUUGUCAAGCUCAGGAUUACAGAGAAAUACGAAUGGGCAUAUCAUCUGCUCUGCUGGCUCUUCCCACUCCUCAUGUCUUCUCUGCCUUUUAUUGGGGACCACUAUGGACCAGCAGGGGCGUGGUGCUGGAUCAAAGAGGAAUGGCAGUGGAGAGUCGGCAUCUGGUACGGCCCUCUCUUCUGCAUCAUUACUAUGAUGAUGAUAACCUAUAUCUAUAUCAUUGUCAAGAUCAAUCGCCGGGCAAACAGAUGGGAGGGGACCUAUGACCCGGAUGUGGAGCAGCACAAGCAACUGAUGAAGAAUGACAUUGCUGUUCUAAGGGCUUACCCAUUCAUCUACUUGGCGGUGUCAAUAUUUCCGCUGAUUAACAGGAUCCAGAACGCUGUAGAUCACGAGAACCACGUGUUUGCCCUGGUCUUACUGGCCUCUAUCUCUGCUCCACUACAUGGGGCGCUCAAUGCUAUAGUAUUUGGUAUGGACAAAGAUACCACGGCUAGACUUACCCCAUCACAGAUCAAGGUGGCACUACUUAAUCACAUUCGAGGUCAUGAGGUCAGGGAAUACCCAGUGGCUUACAGGUCUAAGGAAGCCAACCCACAGGCUAUUCAGGAGCUGCAGUUUCCCAAGUUCAACCACGUUUCUUACUCCAGGUUGUACUGAGGACA